AUGCCGACUCUCGCCAUCCACCCCGGUGCCGUCAUCUUCGUUACUGGCGUUAACGGACUGAUUGGCAGCCAUAUCGUUGACCAGCUGCUGAAAAGAGGAUACAAUGUCCGUGGCGCGGUCCGCGAUGUUGAGAAGAGCAAAUGGCUCGCUAAGUACUUCGACGCGAAAUACGAGGGUGCAAAAUUUGAAAUGGUGGCGGUACCGGAUAUGACGGCUGAUGGGUGUUACGAUGAGGCCGUCAAAGGCACGGCCGGUUUCGUUCACGUAGCGUCCCCGCUCAACGGCGAGGACCCGAACGUUGUCAUUCCUACAGCGAUCAAAGGCGGCUUAAAUGCGCUCAAGGCCGCGGCGAAGACUCCCAGCAUCAAGCGUGUCGUAUACACCUCAUCCUCCAUCGCGGCCACUUUCCCUAGCCCCGGUGUGGAGAAGAUCAUCACAGACGAGAGUUUCAAUGAUGAGGGAACCAAGAAGGGGUGGAGGCAUCCGGAGGAUGAACCGAUGUAUCUGAAGGGCCUGUACCUAUAUGCUGCGUUGAAGACGGAGGCAGAGAAGGCUUGUUGGAAGUGGAUGCAGGAGAAUAAGCCGCAUUUCGAUUUCAACAGCAUCCUUCCCAAUGCGAACUUCGGCAAGGUACUCGUUCCGGAGAAACAGGGCGCUCCGUCUACGAUCGCAUGGGCAAAGUCCGCCUUCACUGGUGAAAACUUCGAGCUCAUAGGCAAAGUUAUCACGCCUCAAUAUUUCAUCUCGACGCAAGACUGCGCCGUCCUGCACAUCGCCGCCCUCAUAUACUCCGACGUCGCCUCCGAGCGCCUCUUCGGCUUCGCUGAGCGCUUUGACUUCAACAAGAUCCUCGCUAUCUACAGGAAACUCUAUCCGGACAAGAAGUUCCCAGAAGAUGUGCCCGGUUUGGUAGACGACGGAGUGAAGGUGCCGAGCGAGAGGGCGGAGGAGGUGCUGAGGUGGGUGAAGGACGGGGAAGGGUGGACUAGGCUUGAGGAUGCAGUGGGUGAGAUGAGUGCGCAGUUUACUACGGAGACGUGA